GAUUGUUGGACAGGGGCGUCUUAAAAUUGAUCAGUGCGUUACAUGUUUUGGUGCAAAAGUUUUGUCUGUCCAGGAAGAAGGGCUCUGACCUGUGUAAAUAGAAGCCUCUUCGUUCAGUGUUCUCCGUUAUGUGGAAGUUUCAAUCGACGGUCCGAGAACCUGUGGAUUUGCAGGAUUAUUAGUAAAUUGUCACCAAGUGACAAAAUGCUCCUGUACCAAGAAUUAUCCAAGUGCAUCAAGGAAAAACCGGCCUCCCCAGUGAGUGCACAACAAGUUGAGGUAGCUCAUUUGACAUAUGCGCAGCUUAAGUGUGGUGAGUUCACGAGAAAGAAUAUGCAUCGUAUCUUAGUUUUUAUAGGUAACUGUCUCCCUUUCAUAGGAUUUGGUUUCCUGGAUAAUGCAAUUAUGAUAGUAGCUGGGGAGUACAUUGACGUGCAAUUCGCAACAUUCUUGGGCAUUUCGACAAUGGCUGGUACCUGUAUUUCUGAUAAUUUUCAUGUUUCUAGCUGCCGGUCUAGGAAAUCUUGUUUCCGACCUUUUUGGCAUAGGGUGAGUUUGUAAUCACAUCUAAUUGGGAUCCGUCCCUCAACUCAGCCCUCAGUAUGAAUCCAGUGUCUAGGUUCAUUUAACUCGUAAAUUAGUUUUGUAAUUAUUGAAUAGUCUGACUUUUCUCAUUUUAAACCAGUAGAAAUAUCCCUUUUUCCUAAGCAGUAAAAGCUUGGCUACAAUCACUCAACUUAGAGAAAUUUAAGCGAUUCAGUGAUACAGAUCGAUCGCAACUAAUUUGAGUUAUUUUAAAAUUUUGGGAUGAGUUUAUUGUGCUAGUUCUUUGUUUGGUUAAAAACACAACCUGUUGUAUUUUCUCAGCUGAACUUACGGAAGGGCCUAUAAUUCUGAAAGAUCUUGACUUUUUCACACGAAUUAAUUAUGUCAGUUAAGUUUUACCGAUCAGAUGAACUAAUUAAACCUAAAUGUGGUGGUUUAUUCCCACCCUGUAAACAUAGAUGGUUUGUGAUAGGUGAUUUCAAGAGCCCAUUUAUGACGCGCAUUUUAACUCGUCUGUUGAAUAUCAAAAAUAACUUCUCGAUUUACUAUAUUUUAGGUAAAUACGUCUUCUCAUUAAAUUAUUCACAACUAAAAUUCAGAGGAUAGUACUACUUGUAAACAUUUCAAUUGAAUGAUAUCUAAGCUACGUUUUUAUAAUUUAUGAGGGCUUUUACCGUAAUUUGUUUAUGUAGUAUAUUUCCUAAGUAUGAGUAUAUUUUAGUCCUCUCCAAAAUCAUCACAGCUAGGCUUUUCCCUUUUAGAUAUAGCAACAAAACAUCAGGGAUUUAUAAACUUACUGUAUUAUGUGUGAGUCACGUUUAGACCUAUUCAACUCAAUAACAUUUCAAUAAAAGAGGAAAAUGUUUCCACUAUUAUUACAGACUUGUCGGCUACGUUGAAAAGUUCAUGGAAAAAAUUGGCAUUUCCGUUCCUCCAUUGUCUGCAUCCCAACUAGCCAGCAGUUCAGUUCGUUGGUCUAUAGCAAUAGUAAGUUCUAGUUACAGCAUUCAGGUACAUCAUGUUUUUCAAGCGUCGUUUUCAAAGUUGUUAAUAACCAUAUCAACUAAAAUCAAUACAUGUGUCGGGUGCAAACUUAUACAGCACUGAACUUUCAAGUAUUGGGUUUCAGGCUCAGGCCUUACCAUACUUUUUUCCUUUUAAGUUACUUGGUAUUAUUACUAACACUUAAAAAAAUUUCCGCCCGAUCCCGCAUCUUUAUUUGGUUACUAGGUUGCAUUAAGUGUUAGAUGUUUGCAUAAAAGAUCAGGAAGUCCGGAAACAAAUUUAACAGGAACCUCGAUCCGGACUCAUGGUUAUUAUCAUAUUCUAACUCCAACGUAACUGCCACAUUUGUUGAUUCAUGUUUUGAGACGACUUACUCCACCUUUUAUUCAUUUGGAAAUCGCCGGUCACAAAAGUGUGGUACUCUAUUCAACUGUAAAGAAAACUUACUUAUUAUGUAACUCUGACAACUUUAAUUCACACAUUAUAAACAUCUAAUCUAUCAAUUUUUGUCAUUGGUUUUUCGCAAAAUUUGCACUGUCCAGUCCUAAUUAUUAGAAGCUUUGACUCAUUUUGCCUCACCAUGAAAUUUACCCUGACUGUUCUGAAGUCAGGCGCACCAUCUAAGCCUACUGUCCUCAGCUUUAACGCAAAUCCUAAAACAGAUGUAUUUAGGACAUUGAAAUGUCUACCUGUUUUUACACGUUAUCUUAAACUUCUACCAAAUGUGGUAAAUCGAUCGUUUUAACAAUGUUGACUAUAGGUAUAUGAUAUAGGCUAGUCAUCCAAGACCAUUAAGCAAAGCCAAGAACUUUCUUCGUGUAGUACUCAUAGUCUUUCUCUGGAAUGAAUCUUAGACCAAGGAAUUCUGUAGGGAUUUAUAUACUUGUGGGCUAUCAGCUAAAAGACGAGUCCUUUUUACCAAAAACUAGAUUGAAUUAAAUUACCAUAGUCCCUUCAUCAUAGCGAUAAAUUGGUAGGUCGGGUAGUCUUAAAUUAUGUAUUUCAACUCAGUGAGUAAAAUGGUCGAAUUGGUAAGCACCCUUAAGUCCAAUAGAAAAACCAUAGAAGUUAUGAACAGGAAAUUUCGUUUUUCGAUUGCUUAAUGGGAAGCUAGUUGAAAAAGGGAUUCUAUGAACAAUAUAUGAAAAUUCCUGGGACUCAUAAAAAUGUUAUUACGCAUGAUGACUAGACAAUGCCAGUUUUUGAAGUUUCUAUGGUCACUUGUAGAUUAAAAAUGUAACUGUAGAACUUUCGGUAAAAUAUCUUUAGGAACCAUCAUUUUUAGGAAUGAAUUACUAUGACUCUUCUAAUUUCUUUGUAAAAUUGAAUUUAUUGCAAAUACUGGGUCUGAUAUACUUCUAGGCGGAUCGCUGAAUCUGUCAUUUACAGGUCUACAUAAUGAUUUAUAAAAAAUGACUAUUCAGUAACAAAUGUGUUUAUGGGAACAGUAAUUAUCCGAAGACUUUAUUUUUUAUCAACUAUCAGGUGGUUUUUAAUCAAGAGUCCAUAACGUGUCCAUAAACCGUAGAUAAAAUCUAGGGACUUACUUUAAAGUAUCCUACCUAACCAACCAAGUGAAUCUUUAGGGUUGUGAAUGCACAAUUAUUAAAGCUUUGUGCCAUUAGUCUAUGUUGCUUCCCUGAAUUAUUGUGGAAUUUAAUCCACAUCGAAUCUUAAGAACACUAUACAUAAGGUUCUCCAUAUUUGAAGGUUUCUUGAUAUGGUGGAUUGGUGAGCUAUAAUAAUAACUGAAUCUUAUGUCAAUUACAUAUCUUGACUUCAAGAGUUCGAAUCGAUUACAGUGAGUUAGAUGCAUCCAUUUUCCGUCUUCUAGAUCUUGGAAUGCAACAUUAUUCUUCACAUUCACUUUUUUAGAAACAUGUCAUGGGCACCAAUACUACUUUUGCUCCGCUAUACAUCUUGUUAAUUUCCACUAACUGUGCAUGUGUGUCAUAGGGAUUUAGUUCAGUGCACACUACUUCCUGCUCAUACGUUAUGACCAUAUAUGGUAAUCAGGUUUUUAACCCCACAAACAGUAAAACUUGGUCAGACCAGUGCUUUCUGAUUGUAUUACAGGUCCAAGUUUCUAGUGCAGUGUAGUGUCUUUUUCUUUUAGUGAAUAAUUUGUCUUGUUUUGACUGUUAGCAUGUGUCAAUACUGCAACUGAUAUGCUAAAUUUUCAGCAUUAAAAAUAAUCUUGCGGUAGUAAAAUACUUCAAAUUAUUUUAAGCUUGUGUUAUUUGUGAUUGGAAUUAAGGCUGAUUAUUAACACUCAUAAAGUAUGUUCCUUUAUUUUUAGGGACGGAUCGUCGGCAUUACUACUGGUUGUCUUUUAGGUUUAUUGCCUCUUGUUUUGUUUAGUUGAUGAAAGCUAAAAAAAUUAACCAAGGGAUCUGUCUAACGUUUCGGGUUCUUUACCUCUACAAUAGCAAUGUUUUCAAUUAACCGGAUGUAUCUUGAUUUCUUCAUUAGAAUAAAUCUACAGAUCUUUAUAAUUCAUGACAGUGAAUUUGUAACUCAUGUGCAAACGCUUUGCAAAAGUAUAUUUUCAUGUUAACCAGCUAUUUAAAACAGCAUCACAGCUCUGCAGAAUGAUUUUUCGUUUCAAAAUCAACAUAAUACCCAACAUCUGAUUACGUAUAAUUUUUUGUUUCGUUAUCUGGAUGGAUUUUUGAAUGAUCUAAUCACAUUACAAGUAUGUAGAUCAUAUUUUUAAACUGCUUAACUGUUUAAAAUAAGCCUCAUAUUACAAAUGCCUUUGGAGACACUUGAGCGCCAAUCUAAACUAUACCGUGUGGUAAAUAUGAUUUUCUAAAUAUGUUAGGAUUACUUAAUUAAUGUUCUAAUAAUCCUUCAUUUUUAGUUCAUAAUUUAUUACUUUAUUUUAAAUUUCUAUGUAAAAUACCUAGCUUUCAUCAAAAGAAAUAUAUUUUUACUAAACUCCCAGCGUU